CCGUAAAACUAUAAAAAAUGACAUCACAGUCACAGUCGACGAGUGCGAAACAAACACUUUAAUUUCUACAGUCAAUAAUAGAAAUGGAAGCAUGAAAGGCAUCAACUCCUCCAGUCUUUCACUAAUACACACAUAUUGGGUUCGGUUUUGGUCGGCUGCAGAGUUCCCGCUAAUCAAAGUAAAUAUAGUUGAUUGUCCCCUCCAUGCUUAGCCCAACAACGUCCUCGUCGAUGCCCAAAACAUAAAAGCUCGAAAAAGAAAAGAAAAAGAGACGCAUCUAUAACCAUAACCACAACCAUAACCAUUACCAACCUAUACAUUAUUGCACGUCCAAUAAACUUUCCUCUUUUUUCUCUUCUCUCUCUCUCUCUCUCUCCGCCCUUUUUCUUACAUCCCUUUUGCUUUUGUCUUGUCUCUCUUUGUUUCUUUUUUCUCUUCUCGGUGGCUUUUCCUCAAACAUUUGUUUUGCAUUUCCACUAACCACUGCAUCUAGCUGUUUUGUCCUCAAAAUAAAGAAUUUUUUUAUGAUUUUAGUUGUUUGAGUGAUGAAACGAUAAGGGAGAAGAAUCUCGGGUACGAUGGAGGGGGCAGAGUUGGAACUGGAGAGGAGAAGUCGGUUCUUAAGCAGUUUAAUAGAGAAAAAGAAAGCCAAAGAGCAGCAAGAACAAUAUGAUCGACUCAAUGUUCGUGUUAGAGCUUCUGAUAUGCCCAUUCCUUUGCAAACACGAGCUUUUAGAUGUGCUCGUAACCAGCUCGACUCCAUGCCUGGAAAACUUGAUAGCAAACGCCUUGCGCUUGCACUUAAGAAGGAAUUUGACUCUGCAUAUGGUCCAGCUUGGCAUUGCAUAGUGGGAACUAGCUUUGGUUCAUAUGUUACUCAUUCGAUAGGAGGCUUCUUGUAUUUUUCAAUUGACAAGGUUUACAUCCUGCUUUUUAAGACUGCUGUUGAGCCUUUAGAACAAUGAUGGUUUGCAAAUUUGAGUUCCACACUCAGUCUAUGUUGUUAUUUAUAUCAUAAAGUUUCCUCCUUUCCUUUUCUUGUAUUUUAAAUUACUGAGUGUAAUAUUAAAAAUUUUCUUCCACCCACUAGACAACACUCUUUUUAUCUU